GCCCGCCGGCCCUCCCCGCGGCAGCCGCCGCCGGGCCGCGCGUCUGCCGACAGCCGGCUCAGGCCCCAGCCGCCGCCGCCGCCUCCCCCUCCAUGGCCGCCGCUCUCGCCGGCUGCAUUGUGGGAAGCUGACCUCACUCGCUGCUGCCGCCGCCCCGCCGGCUCCGGCACUCGCCGCCAUGGGGGCCGUGACCGACGAUGAAGUUAUCCGCAAGCGACUUCUGAUCGAUGGCGAUGGUGCUGGUGACGACAGGCGGAUCAAUUUGUUGGUGAAGAGUUUCAUUAAGUGGUGUAAUUCUGGAUCUCAAGAGGAAGGAUACACCCAGUACCAACGAAUGCUAAGUACUUUAUCCCAGUGUGAAUUUUCAAUGGGAAAAACUCUUCUGGUGUACGAUAUGAACCUGAGAGAAAUGGAAAACUACGAAAAAAUCUAUAAGGACAUAGAAAAUAGCAUAGCUGCAGCUCAUGAGAAGAUUUCUGAAUGCAAAAAGCAAAUCCUGCAAGCAAAAAGGAUUCGAAAAAAUCGCCAGGAAUAUGAUGCAUUGGCUAAAGUCAUACAGCACCAUCCAGACAGACAUGAAACACUGAAGCAGCUGGAAGCUUUGGGAAAAGAACUGCAACAUCUUUCUCACAUUAAAGAGAAUGUUGAAGAUAAGUUGGAACUGAGAAGAAAGCAGUUUCAUGUUCUCCUGAGCACCAUCCAUGAACUUCAGCAGACCCUGGAGAAUGAUGAAAAACUUUCAGAAGCUGAAGAAUCUCAGGAAACUCAGAUUGAAACAGAGACCAAACAGUAGAUGUGAUAUGAAGACUGACCAUACUUCUAAAGAAUGUCCAAGUGUCUUCAGUUUGUGUUGAAACCAACAGUAAAAAGG